GGUGCCGUGGCGCGGGUGGGAAGAGGAGGCCACUUCGUUGUACGUUGUCCUCGCGGCCCGCGGGAAGCGAACGUGCUCUCGAAAACCUACGGCUCCUGCGAUCCUUCUUACCAGCGCCAUGGCAGUCCCAGGUUGCAACAAGGAUAGUGUCCGAGCAGGCUGUAAGAAAUGUGGCUACCCUGGUCACCUCACUUUUGAAUGCCGAAAUUUCCUCCGAGUAGACCCCAAAAGGGACAUAGUUUUGGAUGUCAGCAGCACGAGCAGUGAAGAGAGUGAUGAAGACAACGAGGAACUGAAUAAAUUGCAGGCAUUACAGGAAAAAAGAAUAAAUGAAGAAGAGGAGAAGAAAAAAGCAAAAAGCAAAGAGAAAAUCAAGUUGAAAAAAAAAAGGAAAAGGUCUUAUUCGUCCGGUUCCACUGAAGACGACACUUCAAAACAAAAGAAACAAAAAUAUCAGAAGAAAGAAAAGAAAAAAGAAAAAAAGAGUAAGUCAAAAAAGGGGAAACAUCACAAAAAGGAAAAAAAGAAGAGGAAAAAGGAAAAGCAUUCUUCCACCCCUGAUAGAUCUGAAAUCUCCAAAAAGUAACUCAGACUGUGGCUUAAGUCAUUAAAUUUAAAAAUUUGGUUUUGAAAAUCACUUGACCUUCCUUGGAAUUUGGUAUGUAAUUAUGCUUUGCAGUUAAUCACAUCUUUUUCCAUAUAGACAUUUUUUUCUUAUAUGGGACCAUUAUCCUCUGGCAAUAUGUUUUUAAUGUGUUACGACUAUAGAGUAUUGAAUCAGUGUUAUCGCUUAAUAACCAUGCCGCAAGUAUGGAUAUCUGUACAUAAAAACCACAUCCUUUUUGGUAUUUGUUUUCUGUGUGUCUGACUAGUGUUAUUGCUUCAUAAGUUGUUUGUACAUGGCUUUACUAAAGUCAACACCGAUAAUCUACCUAGUGGUCAGUGGGUAUUGCGGAAUCAAGUGCCCACCUUCCAGUGAUCCAGUGAGGUAGGGGAUAAUGUUUUGCUCUUGACACUGAUGAACUUAAUACCUUUUUAUAGCCUACGGUAAUGCAGGAAGACAGUGAAGUUCUUCACUGUUUCUAAAUCUCUAGCCUUUUCUUUGGAUGUCACAGGAGACAGAAGAUGAAGCUGCUUUAUUGGUCUUGAUUAGGACUUUUUAAAUGAAUGGUGUUUGCAGGAAGAUGAUAAUGAAAAUAUAACAAAGUGUCACUGUUUUAUGACAUGCAGAGUUUCUAGUAUCUGCGUCCUUUGUUUUGGUAGCAAUUAAAAUAUUUCUUCCUGUUUAAAAAGAUAAAUCUAGUUCAGCCUAUUAGUCUCAUAGAGAUGAUACUGUGUUGGGCAGGAUUUUUAGGAUGGAUACCUGGGUUGUACAAAUGUGCCAUAUUGGCAUGUCUUAAAAUGAUACCUCAAACACAGACCUUUUUAUUUAGGAGAAUGACAGCUAACUCUUCAUUAGAAUUGACUUUUAUCGUAUUCAGUAUGUAAAUUUUAUGAAGCUUGUUUCUAUGAGUAAUGUGGAAAAUUUUUAUAAAUGUGAACGUAUGUAUUUAUUUGAAAUAAUUUGUAAUUUUGAAGCAGGUCUCACACUGAAUUUAUGAUUUCAUAAAUGACCAGUUUGGGGUGUUUCUCUUUUACUUCAAUCAUAAACCUCAGGAACAGUGACAAAAUUUAGGAUUAAGAAUUUUAUUCUGUACUUUUUAAAAUUUAAAGCCAGGGAGUUGCAUCAUGAAAGUCUUUAUAUAACAUGGAAAUUUUAUAUAGGUAAGCAUUUUCAAACACAUAUUGUUAGAUAUAAAUGUUUCUUACGUUUUUAAUUUCAGCAGUGAUCAGUGUUAGUUAUUUUGCUUAACACUUGCGUAUCCCUUAUGCCCAAUAAGUUAAAUACUUACUGUAACAGCAUCAAAAGUCAGUCAGUUAUCAUGGCACAGCACCAAAGACUGCAAGUACCUCACUGUGGUGCAAUUAAAACUUUUCAAAUUGGUACCCUACAGACAUGGCUGUGGAUGAACUCAUUAUGAUGAAAUCAGGUGCCGUGUUUCCCCCAAAAUAAGACCUAGCUGGACAAGGAACUCUAAUGCAUCUUUUGGAGACCCGGUCUUAUGUUAAUUUUUGCUCCAAAAGAUGCAUUAGAAUUGAUUGUCCAGCUAGGUCUUAUUUUUUGGGGAAACAUGGUAAGUACAUGUAACUUUACAGGCUGGAAAGGUGUACAGGUUCUUUCUUCACCCAACACCCCUAUCUGGCAUGACCUCAGUAAGUCUGGAGGAGCCUCAUAACUCCUUUGAACAUAUGCUUACCGUGCUCAAAUUCUACGGGUGCUA